CUUGUGCAUCUCUGCCUGCCCUUGCCAACAUCGACAUGGUGCCAGCGCAUCACCACGAGGACGACUCUGACGAGGAGCUCUCCGAUGACCAGAUCCGGGAGCUCCUCGAUCGAGCCGAAGCUGAACGCCACGAACGAGCACAGCUGGGCCUGACGCACCCUGCCGCUGCCUCUUCCACCUUCAAGCUCCCAAAGCUCGAUUCUGGCCUCAAGGCAGAAAACCUCACCACCGAUGGAACUGUUACCCGGCUAGACCAAGCGAAGCUGGUCGAUGACAGACAUCGCGUCGCAGCCAACGGCAUCAAGAAGAUUGAGGAUCCUCUGCAGUUCAAGAAGGACAAGCUGGCGGCCAAAAAGUCCACAGCGGGUUCCAAAUGGUUCAACCUGCCUGCCACAGAGCUUACCCCCGAGUUCCGUCGAGAUCUCCAGCUGCUGAAAAUGCGCAACGUUCUCGACGCGAAGAGGUUCUACAAGAAGGACUCUACCAGGGGUGAUGUCCCUGCUUUCUCGCAGGUCGGAACCAUCAUCGAGGGUCCUACCGAGUUCUUCAGCAGCCGCAUUAACAACAAGGACCGCAAGAAGACAUUCGUCGAAGAGGUUCUUGCCCAGGAGGCCCAGAAUGGUCGCUUCCAGAAGAAGUACAACGAAAUCCAAAAGACGAAGACGAGUGGAAAGAAGGCCUUCUACAAGGCUCUCAAGGCCAAACGCAAGGGACGUGUGGAGAAGCGUUGAAGAGUGGUGUUGCAACAGCCUCAUCACUCCCUUCUUGCUCAUCACAGGACUAUCAACACUUUGCACUCAGCGAAUAUGUGCAUUUGUCUUUGUGUUCUAUAUACACAUUGCAUGCAGAGAUUUUCCCCCAGGAAAUAAAGGACACACGGACCGCUGCCUAUGCCGCAUACAGAUCCGAUAGUACCUCCUUCACCAAGGCCUGCAUGUCCUUGGCGGCCUCCCUCCCCGCCUCGAGCACCUCCUCAUGGUUGGCCUUACCCUUGCUCAGGUGUUCCGUCAACUCCGCGGUGCUCAUGCCCUGGAUCUCCGGGUCGUCGCCUCUGGGGCCGGCCUCGAGUAUCGAGACGUUGGUCACCAAGCUGAAAGCCAGAACCCGUAGACCCGCGUGGCGGGCAACGACGAUCUCCGGCACCGUAGACAUGCCCACGACGUCCGCACCCAGCGUGCGCAGCAUACGGCAUUCCGCACGAGUCUCGUAUCUAG